AUGGGGGAACUAGUUGAGAGGUUUCUUCACCGGUUCGUGUCUUUUAGACCCACAACCAGGACCUCGGCGUAUCUGCUGAACAAACAGCAGAAUCCCGGGGAAUCACUUCGGUCCUAUGUGCAGAGAUUUCACGAAGAGAGCGUGCAAAUACCUGACCCCAAUGAGCAGGUCACGAUAGCCGCCUUUACCCACGGGUUCGUUGCCGGGGUAUUUAACACUAGGAUACACAAAAAGUACCCUCGCACGCUCAAAGAACUCUGGUUGAAGGUCGAAAAGGGCAUACAAGCCGAGGACCUCAACCGCAUGAAGAAGGAGCUCCAAGCAUCUCGCUCGAGAGCUGACCCCCAAAGGAAGAAAGAGACCAGCCGAAGUGAGGCAGGUAUAGCAAAUGGCUUCCAAAGUUCUAACCGGGACCGUCGUAGUGUGUUCGACAGGAUAGUCAAAAGGAAGUCAUCUAUCCCUGAUUCUGAGUUUACCCCAUUAAACACCACCCGAUCCAGGGUGCUAUCCAUGAUGGAGCAGAAUAACUUCGGGCGCGCCCCUCCGAAGAUGUUCGGAAAUAGAGACAAGAGAAACUCUAACCUCUACUGUCUGUAUCAUCGAGACAUCGGGCACGAGACGGAGGACUGCAACGACCUUAAAAAAGAGAUAAAGCACCUCAUCAAGCAGGGAUACUUGAAACAGUUUAUUUGUCGAGACCGAUGUCAACAACGGAGCGGUCCACGACGGGAGGACCGAGAUGAGAAAUGGCGGGAGGACAGGCGAGGGUCAAGAAGCAGCUGUGGACCCCUUGAAGAUCUUAUGGAGGCAAAAAGGCCUCCCCGAGACGGGUCCUCGGGUCAUGGACUAGGUAGCCAUGAAACUCUGGUGAUUGAGGUGCUCGCCAACAACUACAUUAUUAAGAAGGUAUACGUCGACCCCGGGAGUUCAGUGGACGUCAUGUACCUCCGGAUCUUUGAAGGCCUGAAAUUGACCAGGGAGCAGCUCGCCCCAGUAAGGACUCUCUUGGUAGGGUUCGGAGGACAUGUAGUUCAUUCUGAAGGAAUAGUCACGCUGACGGUGACGGUGGGGCGUCACCCCCGUUGCCGCACCAUCCCAGUCAAUUUCGUCGUGGUUAAGGCAGACUCCCCUUAUAACUUGCUCAUGGGUCGACCCACACUCAAUGCACUGCGUGUGGUAUACUCUACAUAUCACUUGAGUUUCAAAUUUUCCACCCCAGUGGGAAUAGUCGAGGUAAGCAGCGAUGACUGCGCGGCGCGAGAGUGCUACCCCGCCAUUCUACAAGCCGCCUUAACUUCAACCUCCGAGCCGAGGUCCGAGAGAAGAUCCAACAUACUUUCGAUUGAUUGUAUCGACUCCCAACAGUCACGGCCGGAUCAGACGAUCCGCAUUGGCAUCCACCUCUCCCAUCCCCUUAGGGGUCAAAUGGUAGACCUUCUCAGGGAGUAUCGGGAUGUCUUCACCUAG